GAUACCUCCUCAUCCACCUGGAAUUGUAACAGGGUAUCAAGGGUUAAUUCUGGAAUUUGGUUCAUAAUGUCGUAUGGUACGUCAUGGAAGGUUUGGAAUGGCGCUGGACACGGAUGGUGGUGAAAGAUCGGAAGAAUCGGUCAAUGAUCCAGUACUUAGAAAACCAGAUAGUCCAUUACGUGAGGACUCGGCGGUAUCAGAGGUAAUGAUUGAUCUCCAUAAACUCGGCUCCCUCGUCUUCUAAGGCCAACCACGUUCCGGGACUCCUCCUCCCCCCCCCCCCCUCUUCGUUUCGAGGCCUCAUUGAAGCUGUCUGGAUGUUGGUCUGACCUAUGGCAGCCUCGUUCAGUGAUCAUCCGUCUCCUGGAAUGCGACUGACCUGUUAGUGGGAGCGAAAGAGAAGUCAGGAGAAAGGAAUUUGUAUAACGUUCUUCAACCUUGCUCCGGCGUUCCGCACCCGCAACAAUAAUAACAAGGAAAAAGGUGGAACACCUGUGCUCAAGGUACACAAUGCCCUUGAUGUGGUGGAAGCCUCAGUCUGCCUGCAUGGAUUAUACCGAGUUCCUGUGAAGGAUCGUCUACAGCGUCCCCGCUCUACCGGAGACAACAUCCGGAUCUGUUGCAGACUACACAUAUAUCAAGGCUUUCCGAUCUGGAUAACCAUCCUAUAGGAAUUGCGUUUUGACCCAGUCUCUUGGAUAUUACUGGUUUAUGUAAAGUCUCCCGGAUGGUGUUAUUUUGUAGGACAUGACGGACGUCUGCACUGGAGUCAGACGUCACUUCUCCAACGUUAAGUCUUUGCCAAACCAAUCUUUUUAAGUCGUGAGCGGUAAAAAUCUUCUCAAGCCACAUGCAGGGGGCUCUAGGAGAAAACAAAGUUGCGGACAGUAAUGUGAAAAAAAUUCUUAUGUCGUGUCUGAAAGGGCAGCAGGUCAUUAUCAAGAUGGAGGCCAUGAAGAUCAUACAGGCUGAGAAGUUCUCGGAAUGCCAGAACUCUCAGCCGCGGUACGGUCCGCCAUCGAGGAGGGAGCCUCCUCUAGUUGCCAAACGUGCCUGGCCCUCAGAUUCAGAAAUUAUUGUCAACCAGGCCUGCGGGGAGAUGCCCGUUCUGGAGAACGCUCCAAGCACCUUGGUUCUUGCCAGGACACCUCCACCGCCGAGACGGGAGAAGAUCUACCCUGGUCAACGGAAAGCUAGUACGGAAAUCUGUUACCAUCGUAAGACCCCUUCCGACGAAGUCAUCGUAAACCAGUAUGUGCUGCAUCCGUCCACCCCAUGUGAACCCUUAGAAUGUCCAACCUGUGGCCACAUGUACAAUUUCACGAACAAGAGGCCUCGGAUCUUAUCUUGUCUCCAUUCGGUGUGCGAGGAGUGCCUGCAGAUUCUCUACGAGUCGUGUCCCAAGUACAAAUUCAUUUCAUGCCCGACCUGCAAGAGGGAAACCGUGCUGUUUACAGACUAUGGCCUGGCAGCCCUCGCGGUGAACACCAGUAUUCUCAACAGGCUGCCAACCGAGGCCCUGUCGGCCAACCCCGUACAAUGGAACGGUGAAGCAGACCGCAGUUGCUACCAGACCUUUCGCCAGUACUGCGGGGCAGCCUGCAGCUGUCAGAUCCGCAAUCCACUGUCUUCCUGUACCAUCAUGUAGCUCGGUAACCGGGAUUGCCCUGGAGGACUAUGGUUACUUGUUCAGUAUUAUCUCCGAUGGUGGCAGGAGUGGGAUCCGGGGGCCGAUCCAGCCACUUCUAUAUCCAGACUUUGCCCUACAGACUGACGGUGACACCUGAACCGACCGACCAUCGUUUACAUCUUCCUUCCAUCUUGUCUUGGUGACUUCUCUCCAUAGUUUUGUCUCUUCCAGCACCUUCUCGUCUAUCCUGAACUCCAUCCUUCCUUAUCUCUUUCCUUCUUGUCUCCGUUUUUUUUUCUUACUUGACCUUUUUUCUAAGUGGUAAUGUAAAUAUGCAUGAACGGAACGGGUACAGGAAAGGACUCGGCGGACCCUCACACUCGGUUACAACCAGCUGUGCCACGUAAAUCACGGCACCAAGCACAACUCUGACCAUAAUGGUGGAUGGCAAAGCCACGGGUUGUUGGCGAAAGCUGCUGGUCACUCUGGAUCUAACCUACCCCCCCCCCCCCCAUCUCCCGGUGGGGUGGGCAUCAUCUGGCGCCUCCCUUUGUCUAAGUUGUUUUUUUGCCAAAGCUAUUGUUAUUAUUAUUAUUAUUAUUAUAUCAGUUGCUGAAAAAAGAAAUGAAACAGAAAUGAUAUAUAUUUUAAAUUAUUGUAUGUAUUUGAAAAACGUAAAAAAAAAAAAAAAGAAAAAAAGAAAAAGACAGAAAAAAAAAAAAAGCGAAAAACUGUGACUAUGUUAACCACUUUGCAGGUCCUUCUUGCAUCAGUUUAACCUGUUCUCUGCCGGCCAGGUCUGCAUUACGUUGCGGUGCGAUCUACUGAGGAUCUUGCUGGCGGAGAGGGGGGUUAUUUUUUGCGAUCUAUUUGUCCUGAUGAGAGAAUCAUGGUGGGGAAACUUGUACUUCUUGUGUAUGUUGAAGGCUGAGUAUUGAUCUUUCUACAGAGCCCUGCUAUCCAAUAGCUUGCUGACCGGGAACGGUUGUUGCUAUAGCUAAGCUUCCUCUUCAGCUGAAAUAACCAUCGACUACAUAAAUGGCUACAACACG